AUGAUUUAUCUUAUAACAGAAAAAUCCCUUGAUCAAAGGAGUAAGCAAACAAAAAUUGGUAAUAUAAUACAAGCAACUAAUUGCGUACGUUCUGCAACAGGCGUAUUCAAAGCUCCAUCAUCAUUAAUUGAUCCCAGUGCGCUAUUUGCUAAGUUAUACGAUCUUGAUCAGCCACAUGAGGCAUUUCCAGAUUUGGUUUAUCGUGAACAAGCAGUUGUUGAGAAGUUAUGCCACUUAGGAUUGAUGAAAAUGUAUUUACCAUUGCCUUAUGUUGAAGAACGUGCAAAUGCUAUAGAAAAAAUGAACGAAAAUGAAUAUGAAAAAGUAUGUGAACGCCCAGGACUAACAAAUGAUAAUGUCGUAGAAAAAGUUAAAAAAUUAAUGUCGAAAGAAUAUAUUUUUAUUGAUGGACAGUUUUAUAGUGUGGAUGAUGUUGCUCAAGUUGUUAAACAUCCAUGCACACCAUUCUAUCGCUUAAAAACACUGAAAGAAAAAUAUAGAGAUGAUCCAUUGUCAAAAAUAGAUUUGAAUUAUGCAACUAGAAUGAUAUUAGAAUUAUCAGCAAUUAUGAAUGAAAAAAUAUUUGAUAAAAAUGAAGAAGUUUAUUUACUUGACAGUACAGGAAUAUUAACGUCGGCUGUACAUUUAUGUUUUAAAGUAGAAAACGAACAAAAUAUAUUUGGAAAUGAUAUUCCAACAUUACACAAAGGCAUACCAACGGAUAUUGCACAAAUAUUGGGCGUAAAAAUAUUCUGA